AUGAAAUUUGUUGGUGUAGGUGUUUCUUUCUUCGUUCUCUUCUCCCUCAGUGCCCUUUGGAAUACAGGGGCUCAAGACUCUUGCUCACAUCAAUGUGGAGAGCUUCUUGGUACCUGUUCUUGCCAGGUGACGUGCCAGUCCUUGGGGAUUUGUUGUCCUGAUUAUAAUGAAUUUUGUCUUCAAAUUUCUCCGUACUCAGGAUCUCUGAUGGGAGGCAAAGACAUUUUGAUUGAAAAUACAGCUUUUAAUACCUCUGUGAUAAUGUGCAGGUUCAAGAAGAAAAUCAAAACCAGUGGCUAUGUUGGUAAGGAUGGAAAAGCCCACUGUAUCUCCCCAUUGCUGUAUGAAACUGGUUUCAUCCCCUUUGAAGUUUCUACAGAUGACGGGCUGACAUUUCCGUACUCUGGAACUUGGUUAUCAGUACAUCACAGCAAAGUUCCGGAUGGAGAAAAAUGCACGUUGGUAAAUGAGACAAAAUGGCAAUACUAUGGCACCUCCAACAUUGAUGGAAACUUAACUCUCACCUGGGCACACCAGGCACUUACAGCAACCCAUAUCAACAUAGAAGUCUGGGGUUACCAGGAAACAGGUGACAGUUACUCAGAAAACUGGUUUGCCAAGUGGGAAUAUCUUUAUACUUUGGCAAGAGAAACCCCUAAUACUGGGACAUAUUCUUUCCUUCCUGUACCUGCUAAAGCAAAUUACAGUACUUGGGACUUUGGAAUUUUGAGAAUUACACCCAGCACCUAUUCUGAUGGGCAGAGCAACACUCCGUCAGUCUGGAGCUCAGAGCAUGCAUUGGCUUGGCACCUUGGGGAAGACUUCAGAAAUGACCCAAUUGCAUGGGCAACUGCAAAAUGUGUAGAAUGGGACAGGAAAGAGGAGAAGCUUCCAAAUUUCUUGGAAGAAAUUAUAGAUUGCCCUUGCACCUUGUCACAGGCAAGAGCUGAUGCUGGAAGGUUCCAUACAGAUUAUGGCUGUGACAUUGAAAAAGGGAGCGUGUGUACUUAUCACCCUGGUGCUGUGCAUUGUGUAAGAGCCAUUCAAGCCAGUCCUGUGUAUGCAGCAGGCCAGCAGUGUUGCUAUGACUCCACAGGGGCCCAAAUCCUCACACAAGACUCCACAGGAGGCAGCACACCUGAUCGAGGCCAUGACUGGGGUUCACCACCUUUCAUGAAGCCUCCCCGGAUACCUGGCUUUUCCCAUUGGCUUUACGAUGUCAUCAGCUUCUACUAUUGUUGUCUGUGGUCUGAUAAUUGUCACUUCUAUAUGAAAAACCGUCCCUCCAGUGACUGCAGGACAUAUCGCCCGCCUCGAGCUGCAUCUGCCUUUGGGGAUCCCCACUUCCUCACAUUUGAUGGUCUGAACUUCACUUUUAAAGGACAAGGGGAAUACACGUUGGUAGAGUCUGAUCUCACAUCCCUAAGGGUGCAAGGAAGGACCCAGCAGGCACGCUUUCCCAAUGGAACUGAAGCUCAGGUGACAGGCUUGUCUGCAGUGGCCAUGCAGGAGAACAACUCUGAUGUGAUUGAAGUACGCUACUCAGAGGAUUUGGAUCUGGAGGUCCUGUUGAACCAAAAGGUGGUCAACUUCUCUGAGCAAAGGUGGAUGGACCUGAAAGGUCUCUUUCUCCAUUCUACAGCUGACCAGAAGAUUACAGUGAUGUUCUCUUCUGGGUCUGGAGUAGAGAUAAGGGGAAGUGGAGGAUUCUUGACCCUGACAGUUUUGCUCCCAGAUAAGUUUAUGAAUCACACACAGGGUCUCUUUGGAGUGAUGAAUGGUAAUACAGAAGAUGAGUAUACCUUUAAGAAUAAAACAACCAUAUCAGUUAAUGCAAGUCCUCAGCAGUUGUUUGAGUUUGGAGCUAACUGGGCUGUUGAAAAUGGAACUUCUCUCUUUACUUAUGACACAGAGUUUUUAUUGAACGAUUUCUUUUAUGGGGAAAAGCACAAUACUUCCUUUCUGCCAGUGUUCUUUCCUUAUGAAGACCCUGCUGAUCCCUUGGUGAAAGAGAUGGUCUUGGUCUGUGACUCUGACCCAUUCUGCAGAUUCGAUGUCCUGACAACAAGAAGUCUUCAAGUGGGAAAUUUCACAAGAUUAUCUCAUCAGAAUCACAAGCAGUUGGUAGAAAAUCUAAAGCCAGUGAUUUCUUGUGGCUGGCUGGAUCAUCCAACCAACGGAAGAAAAGAUGGAACAAACUACCUGCUGGGCUCAACCAUCCAUUUCAUCUGCAAUCAGGGCUAUGAACUCAUUGGAUCGAAAGAAAUAAUCUGUCAAGUGACAGGAGUCUGGUCUGGAGACAUACCUAAUUGUAUCCUGAGAACAGAUAUCAAACAAGUAAUUCUUCUUGGUUGUGUAUUUGGAAUUGUCGGUCUUGCAGUCCUGGCACGUCUAACUUUCCUGUGUAGAAAGAAGGGACACAAAGGCAACCAGAAGCUUGUUUCAGAGGUUCCAGUAACAUCUCAACAAGAAAGAAUGAAAUUUCAGAGAAGUUUUUAA